AUGCAAAUAGGCCCGGAUCAUAUUGAGAAUGCUGUUGUGCUUGUGUCAAUCUUCGUUAUCAUUUCUGUCGCUAAGCUUUUUAUUAGGUACGUCCUCACACCCGAAUAUAUCAAAUGGAGAAAUAAAGUCAUCACAACAAAGGCCACAGACAGAAAGGUGCAAAUAGCUCUCUACAAGACAAUAUACUAUGUGUCGAGUAUCUUCUUAGGCAUUACAGUCCUGUAUAACGAGAAGUGGGCAUCCAAAUUGGAUCUUUUGAACGAUAUAAAGACCAUGAUUCCCCUGAAAUUCAAAAUUUACUAUUUCUAUGAAAUAUGCUUCUAUGUCAACGAACUAACAACAAUAAUGUAUGAGCCAAAAAAGCAAGACUUUUUCCAGCUGUUUCUUCACCACAUCACCACCUUGGCAUUGAUGUAUUUCUCAUUUGUUCCAAAAUACAUCAAUUUUGGAGUGGCCAUUCUGCUUUUGCACGACAUCUCCGAUCCUGUUCUUGAAUUCGCUAAAAUCGAACAUUACAUGGACAACGAGGUAGUCUCAGGCGUAGCUGUCUUUAUAUUCACGAGUGUCUUCAUGAUCUCUCGUAUUCUCGUCUAUCCUAGAUACAUUCUGUACCAGGCCUGGAUGUUUGCCAAAAUGGAAGGAUUCUGCAUAUCCAACUAUGUUAUCCUGGUCUGUCUAUCAUGUUUGCAGGUGAUGCAUGUGAUAUGGUCCGUAUACAUCGUUGCGCUGUUCGGCAAAGUAAUCCAUGGGGAAAAACUAAAAGACCCCAGAGAAGUAAGCAAGAAAAAUAAAUGA